AUGUUCACCGAUAUGAAUCACAAGCCUUGGCUCGAAGAACGUCUACGCUCCAAUCUAAACACCGCACAUGAACUAUCUAUGAGUAACCAGAGGAAGAAUGUCGCGGCUCAAGAUUCCCCGUUGACUUCUUCGCCACUAAAUACAAACCCUGUAAAUAAAUUACCCCCAAAUUUUAAACUAAAAAAUAAAAAUAAAAAAUCAGAUUCUACCGACCACGAAGCAGCGGGUUUCAAGCCCAGCAGUUCUACCGCUAAGUCACAAAAUCACACGGCGAUUGAUUCGUCUGGCAGUAAAAAACAGCACUGUCGUAAACAGGCAAAAACAACGAAAAAAUUGAAACAGCGGAGCCCAGGUCAGAGCACUUUACUACGUAUUGCAACCCAACCAGUCUGUAACCCUUGGGUCGCUCAAGGUCAAUUCAAGACUGUUUCACUUCUGGAACCAGCAACUCGGAAUGAAAUUGUUAAACUCGGAACAGCCUGCCCAUCGAAAGUUUCGAAAGUAUCGGAGGUGAAACCGACCACGCCAAAAAGUGCGAUUUCUACGGAGUCCAGAGGCCCGAAACUCGAAGAUGUGAAGUCUCAUAAACCGUCUUGUGAUAUUCCUAGAGCAAAACAAGACGAUAUUGUACAGACUCUCAAUACUGACCACCCCUUAGAGGAUUGCGAAAAGAAUGAAAUUGAUCGCACCCAGAUGGCCAUAGAGAAGCUGAAAGCAAUAUCAGCGGAUUUAGGGUCGAAACUGCACGACCCAAUCGCAGUAACGAAUGCAGCGUGCUCCACCGAAAUUGCCCGUCAAGAGUAUUAUUACAGAAUCCAACAGCUAGUCGAAAAAGCAAUUAAGAAUCAUAAGAUCUUUUUAAUUCGCGGGGACAUCCCUUACCUGGAGGAUUCGAUGAAGUCGAGGGGGUGGGUCAAAAAAUACGAAUCGACCAAAACAAGAAUGGUACCGUAUGGAAGCGUAGCUAGCUUGGAUGCCCCUUCGUUGGGUGAUAUUCACUUACCAGAUGGUACUUUGAAUGAGAAGUUGAUAGUAUUCCAAAUGUUGAGACAUGUGCCCCCCGAUUUUAUAUGGGAUUGUAGAAACGACUUUACUGAUUGGAACAGCGACAUAAAGCAAAGCACGUUACUGAAUCGCUUUCAAAAAUCGUUCAUUUAUACCUCCAAACUUGGAAUGGCCGCGAUUUUGGAAGAGGCGCACUGGAAUUACGAGAGCAACGUGUCUACCGUACAAUGUCCAAGAAGUUAUAACGUGGGUCGUGAGAAAAAUGCUUUUGUUGAUGAUUAUCGAAUGACAGCAGCGGUGAGUUUAUUGAAAUGGUUCGUAGACCAGGUUCAAAAAGGUAUCGAGCACGCCGUGCGCGGCUCGACUCCUAUUCCGCUUAGACAAAUUGAAUUCGCAAUAAGAAGAUGCGAAGAACUUGUUGCGGAAGCAAACAAUGAGCACCUCGACGUUCCGCAAGUACCAGUUUCAUCACAAGAAUGGGAAUUCUUUGUCCAAGAUUAUCUGAAGGCUGUUCAUCAAGAGAAUGGUUUCAUAGAAACGACUAAGGGGCCACCCUUUACAGAGAUCGAGAUGUUGUAUUUGUCUGCGAACGCCGUGUUGAAAAAAGUAAAAGAAGUCGAUCCGCAAUUCGAACUAAACGGAUUUCGAAAUAUUUGGAUUCUAAAACCAAGCGAUUUGUGCUGUGGAGCCGGAAUAGUCAUGACGCACAAAUUAAAUUACAUAAUGAAAAGAGUCCAGAACAGUGCAAGGGACUACUUCGUAGUCCAAAAAUACAUUGAAAAACCUUUGCUCGUCCAAGACACGAAGUUCGAUGUUCGGCAGUGGUAUCUAGUGACUAAGAGUUACCCGUUAACGAUUUGGAUAUACAAGGAGUCCUUCUUGCGCUUCAGUUCGAGGCCCUUCAGUUUCGCUAAUUAUCACGAAGCCGUGCAUAUCUGCAAUACUGCUGUCCAGUGCAGAUACGCAGAGCAGAGAAACUCCGUGCGCGCCAAGGAUUGGGAUUGUGAAAAGAUCAACGAUUAUCUCAAAAAUGUUGGGUACAAAGGCGAGCCAUGGUACGACGAAGUGUAUCCGAGAAUGUGCGAGGCGAUAAUAGCAACGAUGUUGGCUGCCCAACAGCACAUGGACAAACGAAGGUGUAGUUUCGAACUUUACGGUGCAGAUUUUGUGAUAAUGGACGAUCUCUCGGUGUGGCUGAUAGAAAUCAAUACGAACCCACGCAUGCAUCCUCCGAGUACGAGGGUGACGGAAAGAUUGUACCCCGAGGUCAUGGAGAGCUUGAUAAAGGUGAUUCUGGAUUAUCCCGCAUGUCCGACUGUCGACACAGGCAAUUUUGUUCUGGCUUAUCAACAAAAUGUUACCACAUUUCAACCGUACUUGGGGGCGAGUAUGUUCGUUCUUGGGAAGGCCAUAAAUCCGAAAUCACAGGAUUUGCAUGAUCGUGAAGGUUCUAUCAACUCUUGGGCACUCUCCGUCAAAGAAAGACAAAAUGGAACAACUUUACUCGUUCCUCAAAAACAGAGAGAAAGGCACCCAGGCCUUCGGAGUACGAUAAACUCGCGAGGCAGGUAACCCGUACAACCAAGAAAAUAAAUGAGAUAUUGACACGAUAAGGUGACGACACAAGGUUUUGCUUUUGACACUCUGUUUAAUAUCACUUUGAAAUAGAUUCUCAUUUCGAGCCUUAAAAUCAAUGUCUAGCUAUUU